AAUUUAAUAAAUUGAGAGUAUCGUCUGCUAAACUAGAGUUAACUUUUCUUUAAUUUUGACGGACUUAAGCGUCUUUUGUUAACUUACAUUUUUCAUAAGCGGUUUUCCCGCUUUUAUUUGGUAUAAAAUUGCAUGCUUUUCGUGAUUUGUUCAUUGCGUGAUUUGAACUCUGAAGGAACACAAAAAAGGACAGUUAUAACAAUGCCAAGAGGUAGAGGUAGACGUCGCCGACAGGACCAGGUUAGAGGUCCGGAGCUUCGGGUUAGGAGGGCUCCCAGGGAAGUACAACAGCCACAACCAGUUGAGAGAAAUGUGGGAAGGCGUCCGCCAGCUGAUGUAGAGCAAGAAGCACAUAUAGAAAGAAGACUGCGGGUUGAUGAACCCGAAUUAGUUGCCAUGCGACCUGUUGACAUUCGAGUGAAUGAGCCGCAAUUAGCUGCAUUAGGUGAGGUAAAUGAAGUUUAUGAUGAACCUCUACUGUUACCUGGCUUUAAUGAAGUUGACAUAUUUAUAAGCCAAAAACUUAAGGACAAAAUUUGGAAUUUUGAAUACAUUGAUUUGUCUCUUAUGCACCGUAAGAAUUUUAACAGCCAAACAAAUAAUGAAAACACAAUUGGCAUCAAUGAGGGUAUGCUAGUUAUUCAAAACAAAGUUAAAAAAACCCAUACUGUUAGUUCUGUUGAAGAUUGGACUGAUUCAUUUAUUGCCUAUGCCCAGGUCUUUAUCGAAAGGUAUCCUGGAAAGGCAAGUGAACUUUUUUCGUAUAUGUCCAUAAUAAGGGGUGCAGCAGCUGAUCAUUCUUUUGAAAAAUGCUAUUCUUAUGACCAACAAUUCCGUUUAAGGGUAUCAAGGGAUCAUACAAAGAAAUGGUCAUCCAUAGAUGGUUUUUUGUGGUUACGUAUUUUAACUGCCAGUACUCCAAAACAACAACACGCUGAUGUUAGUAAUAAAUGCUACGAUUUUAAUUUUAAAGGUUUUUGCAAUAAACGCAAUUGCCAAUACAGACAUGCAUGUCUCAAAUGUGGUUUAGAUCACUCUUCCUUGAGAUGUCGUCGAUUUAUGGAUAAUGAAAUUGAUACUGAUCCAUCUAGGUAUAAUAGGAAUGACAUUGCACCUUUCCUAAACAACUCUGCUAAUAGACAAAACCCAAAAGGAAGUUUUAACAAAAGAUAAUUUACAUUAUGUAAAUGAACUCUUUUCUAAUGCUGAUUUACAUUUGUAUGCUGACAGUACAGGUGUUUUUUUUUUUCUUGGGUUGUGCAGUUUAUUUAAAUGGGUCAUGAUCAUUUUCAAAAUAGCCAUAUAAUUGGGACAAAGUUUUAUUAGUUGACAUCACUUAUUUAAAAAUAAUACCUAUGCUUUAGUCAUCUUUUUAUGCAUUUAUAUGAAUUUCUUUGUGGUAACUUGGCUAUUGUUGCAUUUGAAAUAUAAAAAUUAUAAGCUUCAAACAGCAUGUAACUUCGUAUGUGCUGCAUUUUUACGUGCGAGUGAACUUGCCACUCCAUCACAUGUUGAACAUAGGCGAGAUAUAUAUAUUGAUCAUGUAAAGUCAGCUUUUUAUUACUAUAGUUUUUUCUGAACUGAUAAAAAAGGGAGAUCCAUUACUUUAAAAGUUUGUUGAUAAAAAUAAACAAAUGAGAUUUGUCCUCAACAUUUACGUAAUUUGAUAACUUUUUUGCAAAUAAGACCUGGAAAUAAUGGUCCGCUUUUAUACCAUAUUAAUGGAAAAUCCUUUAUAAGAGUUCAGUUUCAAAUUGGUUUGAACAUAGGACUCCGGUCAAGUGAAUAAAUGUUGAGUUGUACACGUUGCUUAUAUUUGUAUUGUUGUAUAGUAUGGUUGUUAUACUACCUUGAACUGUUGUAUAGUAUGGUUGAUAUACUACGUUGAACUGUUGUAUAGUAUGGUUGAUAUACUACGUUGAACUGUUGUAUAGUAUGGUUGAUAUAUUACGUUGAACUGUUGUAUAGUAUGGUUGAUAUACUACGUUGAACUGUUGUAUAGUAUGGUUGAUAUACUACGUUGAACUGUUGUAUAGUAUGGUUGAUAUACUACGUUGAACUGUUGUAUAGUAUGGUUGAUAUAAUACGUUGAACUGUUGUAUAGUAUGGUUGAUAUAAUACGUUGAACUGUGGUAUAGUAUAGUUCAUAAACAUGUACUACGUUGAACUGUUGUAAGUAUGGUUGAUCUACUACGUUCAAUUGAUAUGAUUGAAUUUAAAAACCUAUGUAAUUUCAGAAUUUGUUUAAGUGUGAAUUUUUUGUCAUGGAUUGAUAAAUUUUGUUUGGCGAUGCUCACAAACGGAGUUUGCUAGCAUUUGGCUGAAUUUAUCACAGUUGGCGUCUGGUAGCCCAGUUGCCAUUUGGAGAAAACAUAUGAUGGUUGCCCUUCAAUGUUUUUAUCUUGGACAUUAAUGAGAAAUUGUCGAUGAAUGCAAAUUCGUUGGCCGGUUGAUACAUAGUUGAACUGUCCUAAUAAAUCCAUGACAAAAAAUUGCCAAAAUUCAAACUUACUAUUUGUUGUUUUUUAUUAUGAUCAUAUAUUAGUUUGUCUUACAAUUUGUUCACAUUUGUAUAACGAAGGUAAUCUGGAGUCGUUGGAAAUAUUACGAGGGAUUUCAACGAAUUUGGGUUAUCUUUUAUCUGGUAUAUCGUAUUCCUUAAUUGACUUCUGUUGGUUUCUUUCGAAUAUUUAAUAAUAAGAUUUAAUCAUUCAGCAUUAAAUCAAUUUAAUAAAUUGAGAGUAUCGUCUGCUAAACUAGAGUUAACUUUUCUUUAAUUUUGACGGACUUAAGCGUCUUUUGUUAACUUACAUUUUUCAUAAGCGGUUUUCCCGCUUUUAUUUGGUAUAAAAUUGCAUGCUUUUCGUGAUUUGUUCAUUGCGUGAUUUGAACUCUGAAGGAACACAAAAACCCACCCUAUCCCUCCCUUUAGAAUAUUUUUUCUGCUGUUUGUUGUAUAUUUUCAGAUAUUGCCAAAAGAAGCGUCAUGGAUUGGACAGAAUGUUUACUGAAUACAUAGUUUUACUGAAGGGCUGAAUUUAUCACAGUUGGCGUCUGGUAGCCCAGUUGCCAUUUGGAGAAAACAUAUGAUGGUUGCCCUUCAAUGUUUUUAUCUUGGACAUUAAUGAGAAAUUGUCGAUGAAUGCAAAUUCGUUGGCCGGUUGAUACAUAGUUGAACUGUCCUAAUAAAUCCAUGACAAAAAAUUGCCAAAAUUCAAACUUA